GACGAAUCGAAAAUUAUAAUCAAGGAAGUUCUUGCGAAAUCCACUCUGAUCCAGUGAGUCAUUUAUGGUCCACUACCUACAGUAUAGAAAGAAGCUCCGUUAGCUCCUUGAAUGUCGAUCAAAUUCAUGACUGAAGAGUUAGAGCAAGAAAACCGAAAGAAGAGCUUUAGGAAGCUCUUUGAGUAUGUUUCUCCUUUUCUCUCUUCCGUAAUUAAGAAAGAGAACACCGGAAAAAGUUGAAGAGUAUUAAUCCGUGAUUUUUGAAUUUGUUGAAUAUCAGCGAAAAGAAUACCAAUAAAAAAGCCAUUGAGGCUCCUUAGCAGUAUCCUGUAUGAAUAAGGAGCAUGCUCAAUUAUUUUGGCAUCAGUAUGUAGGGGAAGGUAAAGUUUGUUACUACAUGCUUGCGCAUGCAUUAUGUUUUUGGUUUUUAUCAUGCACAAAAUCUAGAAGGUUCAGAUUGAUCUUAAUGCAUUUUAUUUCUGUAUUGGUCUAUUUGAUUCGACCGAGGAACAAAGGAGCAGACUGAUGCAGAUUUUCUUACUGAGAGCAUUUCAAUUCAAACUCAUCUUACAACAGCCUCCCUUGCUCCGUGUUCAGCGGUCUUUAGCCAUUUUUUAUCCCUGGUUCUAUAUUUCUUAUUCCAUUCAUUUCUAAGAAGUUGAAAAAAUCUUUGCCAAGAACUAUUUUAGUCAGCCCGUUGGCCUUGUUGCUAGCAGAUGGGAAGUAUAAUGGUCGCACAAUAUUCCUACUUACAAUGUCUCUUAUGAAACACUCCCUAAUGUCUAAGUGCUUUAGUCUGCUAGCUGUCCCGGAUUUAUUUAUAGCAUACUUAAGGCCUCCCUGAUUGUCAGCUUUCAAAGGAGGCGGGAAUAGUAUUUUUGGCUCCGGAAAAUAAAUACUGAGCCAGCCUUGUAGUGAUGUUAAAACAUAGUAAAAACGUAGAAUGGCCUUGGCUCCAUCUGUCAUACCAUAUAAUUCGGAUUCAGUCACUGACGUAGCAAUAUUGCUUUGCGUGAUAGAUUUCCAAUAUAUAGGAUUGCCAUUCAAAUUCACUACUAUGCCUGAGAUUCCUCUUCUGCCUAUAGUUCCACCGAAGUCAGAAUCCGUCCAGACAGUAAGGAUUAGUUUGUUUUGGAGUUGUUUACUACGAUUGAAAUACUUCAAAACUCUUCGAGUUCUUAAAUAUCUAAAUAUACGCUUAAGGGCUAGAAUAGAUUCGCUGCUCGCUUUAGCUUUUGCGCAAAGCUUUAGAGGAGUCACGAUAUCUAUUCGAGUAGCACUUGCUAAAUACUGAAGACAACCAGUAAGCUCCUGCUUAUGUUUUAGUAGUUCUAUAUCUUCAGGCGUGGAUGGAUUAGGCGCUUGAAGUAAAGGAGUAGAGACGUGCCUACCUAAUUCUCCACCAAAUCUUUCUAGUAUUUUAGUAACGUAGUCAUCUUGUGAUAGAGUGAAGUCGUUAGUUCUUAAAUUUCGAAUAAUCUUGAUCCCUAAUAAGUCACAUAUCUCCUGGGUAGUAUUCUUAGUAACUUUCUCAGGUAUUAGUUUUAAAAGAGGGCGAAGCUCUUCAUGUAGUCUCAUAACUUGAGCUUUUGGACCAAAAAACCAAAAAUUAUCUACAAACACUACUAGGAGGACGUCUUCUUUUUGCCAAAGGGUUGGCUCGCAUGGAUUGCGUUCCCAUUUAGCAUUAGUUAAUAUCUUAUCUCUAUGAUCUGACCAAGCACGUGGCGAUAAACGUAAGCCAUUGAGAGCAUAUAGAACUACGCCAUAUCUAUAGCCUAAAAGUUCUUGGAGUCGUUUAUCUAGGUCAACAAUAACAGGGAUCGGGUAUGGACUCUGAAGGAAAGCGGUUUCCGCAUCAGAUGACAAGAAGAAGAUGUCGGAGCACUGGCAUGCAAUACACAAGAGCAUACGGAUAAUGCAUAAAUCGGGAACUUCUGCAUAAGAUUCCGCGGGGUCACUAAUUUUAUCCAUAUAACCUAAACAAACAAUUCGAGCUUUUUUAGUUCCGUCCCGUUUUAUGGAGAGUAAUAAUUUGCAGGGAAUACCUCUGAACCCUUUUGCAAACCAUUGAAUAAGUUCUUUCUCCGAUGCUCUUCUGAAUACAUGCCAAUGGGCCUCAAUCUGUUUUCGAAUAGCAGCAGACCAGUCAGGUUGCGUUAGAUCGUAACCUGCGCAGUCAGCUGUAAUUGAUGCAACUUUGAAACAACACUCGUACUCACCUUCUUCCCAGUCAUGACAAAGGAACGGGAAAACAAGAGAACAGGCUACCUCAUCUUCUAGGGGGUCCUGUAUGUUCUUCUUGCAAUGUUCCAAAAUGUCAGAUGCAAUUUUUUGGAGGUGCUUUGCUUUGACUGUUGAAAUUUCGGGGCGUUUCUCAAUGAUUUCCCUAAUUUCAGUCAAAGCUUUCGCCCUGGUUUGUUUACGUUCUUUCCAGGCUCCACGUGUAGGACACUUUUUUACUUUGGCAGCGAUCUUUUUCAAUUCUUCUCCGUGCUCUGCUUUCGAGCGAUUGUAGACUUGAGCUGUGUAGUCUUUUGUAAGACGGAAUGGCUUCUGAUUCUUUUGGGCGUCCCCUCCAGAAUCAGUUUCCUCAGGAUUCUCUGAGCUGACGCGGUUAGUUGCAAUUGCUUCACCACUAAGGGUCCUCUCAAAAGCAACGGGGGUUUCGUCUUGCUUUGGUAAUCCUGGCGUCUUUUGAUCUUCCGGCGGGUUUCGUUUGAGGGACGCGCCUAGAUCUUUUUGACUACUGGCCUUCUCAAGUUUGAUUUGGACUGGUGCCAGCACUCGUUCUUCCACCCUUUGAUUUUUGUCCGGAGCUACUCCAUGCGUUUUGUAGAUUACACGCAAUAACGCAGGAGGGAGAUUGAGCUGCUCGAGUACUAAGUGCCUACGAAUAUGGGAAGAGUGUAUACGUUUGAAGUUGCCAUCAUGAUCCACCACGAAUGUUACAGAAUUAUCGUUCACCUGCCGAUGAAUCAGCUUCGCAGGCCCCAGCCAUGCCUUUUUAUCUUUGUCGAAAAUAUCGACAAGAUCUUCUAUCUCGAGCUGAUCAGAUUCAGGGAAGAAAUUCCGUUGGGUCUCAGUUAGCUUGCGCAUGCUGUUCACAAAUUGCUUGUCUCUUUUGAGUUUUUCAAUUUGUGCUCUUGCUUCGCAUCUCGUCUGAUAUGCCUCCCCUAUGGGCUCCAGCGAGAUUAUAGCUGGCUGAGUAGUUUGAUUUUCUGGAUCUUGCGGCUCUAAUUCAUAUGGGUUCGUGGCCCAUUGAACUUGAUAGGGGCAGAGUCCGUCAAGAGCCCUGGUGGGUGUCAUGUUGAUUGCGGCAGUUGCCUGCUCCACGAGUCCUGCGAUCCUGCUAGGCUGUUGACCAUAGAUAUAGUAUAGCUUUUCGAGCACAGCUCUGAAGGUUCUGUGCCUACGCUCAACUAUACCAUUGACCCAGCUAGAUUUCGGAAUUAAGAACAUACCAUAUCCAUGCAAUUGAAGAAAUUCAAGCACUUCUGAGUUAUCAAAUUCCUUACCUUGAUCACAUAGCAAAUUUUUGCCUAGAAUUCCUCUCGUUUUUGCAGCUUCUAAAAACUCAACAGUGUCUUUACCUUUAGGGUGAUGCUUUAGAGUUUUAGUAAAGCUAGCUCGAGAAUGGAAAUUGAUAAUAUGCAAUACGGCGUAUUGUUUACCAAGUGGGAAAAAAGCAUCAACGCUAGCAAAGUCACUCAGUGAUAGACCAUCGACUCCACCUACUUUGUGAUGAGGAAAAGCAUAGUUACGCAAUCUGCCUAAGUUAUGCUUACAGAAUUGAAUAACUAAUGAGCGACUUCUUUGCGUAUUUUCCACUUGUCGAACGACUUCCCAAAGCUUUUGAAACGUCGGAAAACUAAGCCGUGUCGCGAGUUUACAAAUUUGCUCCAUCGAGUUUUGUUGUCCAGUUGUACUCUUCUGGCCAGUUUUUCUAUAUUUCUUCGCAGGCUUAGGCUUGUUCUGGUUUAGUCUUUUCUUCUUCUUUUUCUUCUUCUUCUUCUGCUUGUUCGACUCUUGCUCCAUCUUCGGCUGUACUGCUUCUAAAAGUUGUGAAGAAGAUGAGUCCACUUGAUUUGUGCUAGUGCUGCUGGUAGGGGUUGACUUGUUCAGAUUUGUUGCUAGUACUAGUGGCGAACUAGUUUGAUUCAAGUCGUAAACGAAUGCACUUCUAUAGUUCUCUGAUUCUUGGUCUUUUAUAUGUGGGAUACUUUCUCCCAGGUAUGCUUCGAUAGUUCGUAAUCUAGUUUGCAUUUCUUCAUUGAAGAACUUAUAUAGGACGAUAGUUCUUCUCUGCCACUCUUUGCUCAUUCUGGGAAUUAUUUCCGUUAUUGCGGCAGAUACGCUCGUACUGUCCAGAUCGACUUCGAAUGGAGCUAGUUCUGGAUCAUAAGAGUAUGGCCUCUUGUUAGCGUACUCGUCAUGACUUGCGUGGGCUAGUCACAGGUUCGCCAUGAGGCUGCUUACAUCUUGCACUACCAUCGCACUCGAGUUUUGUAGUUCGCGCUUUUUGACUUUUAACUUCAUCAUUAGCACGCCGCAACGGAUCUCGAGUGGGCAUCCCAUGCACUUGCCGUUUACUAAAUCUGGAACUAUUCCGGCUUGUAGCAUUUUCGUCAUCGAGAGAAUUGUCUUCCCACCUAAGGACGCCACAAAGAGAGUAUCCGGAGUACUCCACGAAUCGUCCUCGGCGAUCAUCUUUCCUUUGAGCGUAGCGACUGCUCCGGUAUCACUUGCUGUCGCCAAGUUUUGAUGACAAUACUCAACUUCCCAGAUGUUUGAUAAGUCUCCGGUAAGAUGUUGAGACGAGCCAGAAUCUAGGAUUGCCCAGAUCUCAUUGCUAUUCUGCUGAUUCACCGUCUCGAUGUGAUACGAGAGCGCUUGAGCGUUUUGUUGAUCUAAAGUAACAAACGUCCUGCCCUUGGUCCAUGUCGGCACGAACUGCGGAGGCUGCUGCAGUUGUUGCUGAUUAGGCUGCAUCUGCUGAGUGCUCUGCGUGAAAAAGGCCUGAGCACCUUGUUGCUGAUAUGGAGUAGCUGGCGCAGUCGGCUCGUACGCAUACUGCUCUGGAUUGUAAGUAGCGUAGGCCGGAGUGCUAUAGUUGUACUGUAGCGCUUCAGUCGACUGGUCUUCAGCAUAGUAGCUUUCCUCAGCGCCUGUGAAGAAGUUCUGAGAUGGAUUCGAAGAAGAUGCAGACGAUGUCGUGGGCCAAAAUCCUCUGGCUUGUUGUGGAUAUUGUCCCUUGCCGCCUUGUUUCGAGGAUUUGAAUCCUUUUCCCUUGUUCUUUGACGUUCCUCGAAAGUUGCUACUACUACUGCUGCUCACAUUACUGCUACUGGCGAAAGGAUGUCUUCCUUGAUUCUGUCCUUCUUGCGAUGUACUCCAAAAAGUAGACGACGACUUAUUGUCUUUUCCUCGUUUGCCAUCGCCUUUCUCGCCUUUCUUCUUGUUAGCAUGGUGCAACUGUUCAGCUUUUGCUACAGAAUUGGCCAGUUCUGUCAUGGUGGUCGGCUUCUCCAUGAUGAUUGCAUUUUUGAGACAGCCGCACGAGUUACUUUUGAACAUUCGAAGCUGCUCGAUGAUCGGACAUUUUUCGACCUGUACACUGGAAGAAAUAGCUGCCCAUCUUUUGUAGAACGACUGCGGUCUUUCGUUCUUUCCUUGCGUCAUUGCUUCCAACUGUGACACGGCGAUAUCAAAUGCCUCGUGUUCCGUCGCGUAGGUGUCUCGAAUGUGUUUAACUCGCUGCGCAAUUGAUGCUAUUUCCUGCGUUUCGGCUCGAUUCUUAAUCUCGAGGUAUCGAUUAAGCGUCUGGGCGUGUUCAAUGCGCGCUUCGAUACUCUCACACACUUCGGCGAAAGUAUAUUUUGAGAGUGCGAGAUUGAUCCAAGAGCGGAAUGAAAGCUUCUCAUCCUUGUAUUUGGGCACGCGCUUCAAGUCCGAUGCUUCUUCAUGAUUGGCGUGACUUGUGCCCUUUCUUGAGGCUUUUGAUGAAGCAGCUUGCUCAUUUUGUAACUCUUUGCCUUUGAUCUCCAGCGUUUCUCUAUCGUCUUUUAUUUCUUCUAUUAUUUUUUCUUCAUUAGUCUCUUCAUGUUCAUGAUGUUGAGCUUCAUCAAGUUCCACUAUUUCAGCCUGAUCAUUCAAAAGGCGACGCCUUUUCGUUGUCGAGAUUGCUGUGCUACCUUGAUCAGCAGCACCAACUCGUUUAGCGGAGGCUUUUACCCAGACCUCUCCAGUUUCUGGAUCGGUCCAAGUAUUUUCUCCACCAACCAUCAUCUUGAACGCCACUGCCUGAGAACACUACAAAGGAAGAUACCAGCUACCUACUUCUACUGUUCAGAAGUACCUGCUCACUGCGAAAGCCCUUAGAAGGAACCACCUCGAGGAAGCCGGGCGCGUGAUUCGUUUCCUAUUCGUUCCCGAAAUCGUUCAGAUUUUUGACCUUUCAGCAUUUUCCGGCAGCGUUUUGCGGGUCGUUAUUUGGUCUAUGGACUUCGUUCGGGAAUGUGAGCGCCCUGGGCCUUUUGGUCGUGCUCACUGCAGGCAUCUGGUGGCAGUUUUUCCCUGAUAUUUUUCUGGUUGUUGAGGUGUGUCGGGUGAAGGUCUGCAGGGGUUUACCGGUGGCGUCGUUGCCCUUUGGUCGAUCGGGUUUUCGUUUUUGUGUUUUAUCUCUUGGUCUGGUUGGUGUGGUUUCUUUCGUGUUCGUCUUGAUGUUUUGUCUAGGUGGUCCUCUUGUGCAUGGGUUGGGGUGGUUGUGUGUUCUCUGGUUCUUGUUGUCUGGGGCAGAUCUAUCAGGGGUGGGCCGCCUUCCUUCUAUCUUCGACGUCAUCGCGUGUGUGUGAUGGGGGGCAAGCGCAAGGGCGUCGCCGGAAAAUGAUGGCCAUGGGUUGCAGCGUGACCUUGGUUGGUUGCCUUGCUUCACCCGUAGGUAGCGGCAACGACGCGCCCGCCAUGGCCUCACACAUGACACCACCGAAGACCCUCAGCCACGGGCCCCCCUUUAGAUAAACAAGACUCACACAACAAACAAGAGGAGCCCCCUGGCCUUUCCCCCUUUGUUAACCUUCCCCACCCUGUGUGCAGAUGCAAUCUAUCACCGCAGGGCUUGCGUUCUUGGUUUUUCUGCCUUUCCUCCUGUGGUUUUCCUUCCGGUUGUUUUCUGCUCGUUCACGGGCCCCGCCUUGCGUGGUGGUGUUUGUCGGGUCUACUGUCGCACGGCAACCGAAGGAGACGGAAACGAGUAAGCCCACCGAAGGUUGGGCACGGUUUUCAUGCAUGGCAUGGGGCCCCUCCGUCUUGGGACAUGUCCAACCAAGUCGCGAAGUGGGGACGUGGUUGCGUGGGGGGUCACUGCUUCCAUCCCAUGCGCAGCCACGCAGAUGAGCCUCCGCGGGUGUGGGUUCUAUCUUGAGUGUUGGGCCAGGCGAUGUCUGACCGAAGAGGGACAACGCGCGCAACCCCUACCCCAGCAGCCGUCUCCCCCUUGCGCCCAUGGUUCUUGCCUGGUGUGGUGGGGUUCCGUAGACUUGUCGACACCUGCGAGGCCAGCCGGCUGGGCACCUAUUAGGGGGGAGCGUGCUCCAAUCCGCGCACCACUUGAGCCGAACAAGACGCGAAGGCCCCCGAGGUUUCAUCCGGUUGCGGAAUUCGAUGGGGCUAAAAAAAAACCAAAAAAAAACCAAAAAAAAUCGAUUUUUUCUUAUCCUGUUAAGAAUUUCCUGUCUUUGCAUUUUUCUCCAAAAAAACGCACCAAACCCACUCUGUAGACCGAUCGGAAAAGCCAAAAACACUAAAAAAUUUUUUAACGUUUUUUGUGUUUCUGUAAGCGGUCCAAAGUGCCACUUUUUGGCGCCAUCGCUCCCCGAUUUUGGCGACGUUUUUGUGCUCUGUGUCAUGCAGGUUUGGAGACUCCGGGACCCACAAAAAAGUGGGUCCCGGAAAUUCCUUUCAAAAUUCGUUUCAAAAUCGUUUCAAAUUCGUUCGAAAUUCAUUUCAAAAGGGCCAGAAAAGCCGCGGAAACCAGUGCGGUUCCGCGGUCUUUUCUGGCCCGCUUGAAAUGAAUUUCGAACGAAUUUGAAGUCAUUUCUUUGACGAAAAAAUCGCGAAAAAUCGCAAAAAAAUUCCAAAAAGAAAAACCUCGCACGACCUCGAGGCAACCAACCCCCCCGACAUUGAGCCCAAAAAGCACCCCAAAACUGGGGAAAAUUGUGGCCAAAGGUCACACCGUGGACCGACUAGAAAACGGCAAAAAAGUCGAAAAAGGCGCGCAGCUUCUCCGAUCUCCUUGACCGUCCUCCGAUUGAAUCGCACAACGCUGGCGCACCGUUUUGAAGCAAAAAGCGGAGACGCACAGUGCGUCUGCUAGUGAGGUCAAUGGCCUCGGGCCCUUCAUUUUUCCCCUUCAGGACUCACCCGGGCCCUAGGGCGACGCCUUGGCCGCCCCUUCUUCAUGCCCUGGCUGACCCAGCCCAAGCGACCCACAUAGAUACACACGCACGCCUCCGCCCCGGUUGGUGGACUGACACACAACCGACCGGCCCCUCCGAUUUUCAGACGUCCCACCCCAGAACCGGCCACCAGCUACGAUGAAUGAAGAACCACGAACAUGCGAACCCGUCCCCGGCACCCUGUGCACCCGUCGGCAGUCCCCGACCCACCACAGCACACCCGCGAACCUGGUCCAAGUCUGGGAGCUGCUCUUACACAUGCCAACCACCUGAAACAACAAACAAGCAACAGGCACCAACAUGAAGGCACCCCACCACCAAACCACACCACCCAAGGGCACGCCCGCGAACUGCGCCAGAGCCGACACGCAAGAGCCUCACAGCAGCACCCCGCUGCCGAGAAGCUAGCACCCCGAUGCGCCUGGCCCCUCGUGGGCUUGCAGAGUGCGAACAAAAUGAAGAAAAAACCACAGACGAAAGCGCCAACACCUCCAGAGCAAAAAACUAACGAACGAGCAGGAGCCCACUGCUGAAGAAAAAAAACCACACACGGCCGGCUAAACAAACUGACUGACACAUCCACGGGGGUACCCCCUGCGCCGUUGCCGUUAUAUAUUUUAGGCGCCGGGCACCACACACGCACCCACACCAAACACCCACCCCAGGGGGGAACUGACUGCAAGGCCGGACGUGGUGACCCCUACGACCGAGGCGACGAGGGUGCGCUGUCAUGGUGUGGGAGUGUCGGCGCCCCGUGCUUGUUGCCGAUUUUUGUGGUCGGUCUCCCUCGGUCGGUCCGUUAGUGGCAGGCUUGGGGAUUAUGAGCAAAGCCCAACGAAGUUGGGGGGUUGGCUAUGUUCCUGCCCCACAGAGGAGAAACCAUCCCAGCGACGGGCCCACAGGAUCGAGAUGAGUGACGCAGGGCCCUGCCCGAUGGUUGGCCGCCGACCUCUGGGGGCCAACUACCUCCGGCGCCGUCUAUCUCUUUCGCAAGUUCCGCACGCAGAUAAAGCGCGUCAACAACCAGGAAAAUCCCGGAGAAAGUGCCCCCGUGUGGGUUCUUUGUGGUAAUUUUGGAAGCCUCAAAGAACUGCUACCGGCCGAACGGAAUCCACAGGGCAGACGAAGAGCCCGAAAAGGCCGACAAAAGUGACGGCGGGCCAAAUUCCUGAACGAUUUCGGAAACGAAUAGGAAACGGCUGAGAGGCUUAGGAACCUCGAGGGGGUUCCUUCUAAAGCCCCAGAAGUUUCCGCGCUUGUUUGCGGUUGGCUUCGUGUUCGGCGCUCUUCGUAUUUGUGACGUAUCGCCAACAAGAACAGGCUAAGGCAGAUUCUGCUUCGUGGCGCGCUAUCGUACUGAUGUCGCGGGAACGGUUGCGACCCAGUAGGUUCACAAGUUUCUGUGCUUCGUAGCGUAAAGCCUUCGAGGUUGCUCUCCCUUUCUGCCUCUUGAUGUAGAUUGGCGCGAUGUAGUUCAAAGUGGACUCUUUGAUGAAAAUUGGUGGUGUUUGUACUUUCCAAAGACAAAGGUAGACUAGUAGCUUGUAUUCGAGGAAAGAUGUAAUUUGGUGCUUGCUGUUGAUGUUCUUCUUCGAUUUGUUCGAGUUGUACAAGUUUACUAUUGUCUUCCACUGUUCUCGCACUUUCUUCUUCCGUGCUUCAAAGUCGAGGGGAGACUUGCCAAAGAUGCUCGGCAGGAUGUUGCCGCCCAGUAGAAGCUGAAGCUUAUUUUGGGUAUCCCAGAAAGGACCAGCGGCAUCCAACGACGAAAUACCGACUCGAUAAUUUGGCGGGUCUGGAAGUUCGAAGACCAUACUUGAUGUCUAUGCCUCUUCUACCUAAACAAAUAAGCGCAGUACUAUAGUGUAUUUGGGCUCAUAACUCUGUCGAUCAAAUUCAUGACCGAAGAGUUAGAGCAAGAAAACCGAAAGAAGAGCUUUAGGAAGCUCUUUGAGUAUGUUUCUCCUUUUCUCUCUUCCGUAAUUAAGAAAGAGAACACCGGAAAAAGUUGAAGAGUAUUAAUCCGUGAUUUUUGAAUUUGUUGAAUAUCAGCGAAAAGAAUACCAAUAAAAAAGCCAUUGAGGCUCCUUAGCAGUAUCCUGUAUGAAUAAGGAGCAUGCUCAAUUAUUUUGGCAUCAGUAUGUAGGGGAAGGUAAAGUUUGUUACUACAUGCUUGCGCAUGCAUUAAGUUUUUGGCUUUUAUCAUGCACAAAAUCUAGAAGGUUCAGAUUGAUCUUAAUGCAUUUUAUUUCUGUAUUGGUCUAUUUGAUUCGACCGAGGAACAAAGGAGCAGACUGAUGCAGAUUUUCUUACUGAGAGCAUUUCAAUUCAAACUCAUCUUACAACAUUGAAUACUGCCCGUUGGCUUCGACAUAAGGCCAGGGUGGAGCGCAUGAAGAUGCUGCAUCAUGGGAGGCGCAGUCGCGUCGAAAAGGACGAUAGAAAGUGCAGGAGUGGCAUUUUUACAACGAGGGAGCAUUAGUAGAGAAAAUGCAGUCGGAUCAAGACCCAGGGGAAAAAAAGUACAUGCAUCCAAGAGAAAUUGUUCAACAUAACCUUUGAAACAUCAUGAGAAAAAGACGAGGAGAAUCAGCAGGAAGAACAAAGAAACAACUAGCACCUGGAGUCACAUCCAGCACAAGGUCGAUUCUAGUUUUGAUAAGAUAUCAAUAUUGUGAUCAACAUGAAGGUUCAAUAGUAUACACAGAUACACAUUAUACAU